CACGCCUGCGCACUCGGUUUUUCCCUGUCGGACGGCCGGAGACAUGUCGGCCUCGGGAGCUGCUCUUCCUCUGCGCUUCGAUGGCAAAGUGGCCCUGGUGACCGGGGCCGGGGGAGGUUUGGGAAGAACAUAUGCCUUGUUGUUUGCAGAAAGAGGAGCUGCUGUGGUUGUAAAUGACCUUGGAGGUAGCAUCAAAGGAGAAGGCAAAAGCUCGUCUGCUGCAGAUAGAGUGGUGGAAGAGAUAAGGGCAAGAGGAGGCAAAGCUGUGCCUAACUAUGAUUCUGUUGAACAAGGUGAAAAAAUUGUUCAGACUGCUUUGGAUGCCUAUGGAAGGAUAGAUAUUGUUAUUAACAAUGCUGGGAUUUUAAGAGAUCGUUCCUUUGCAAGAACAAGUGACUUGGAUUGGGAUUUAAUUCAGAGAGUUCAUUUGAGGGGCUCAUUCAAAGUCACAAGAGCUGCAUGGAACCACAUGAGGAAUCAAAAGUAUGGCAGAAUUAUUAUGACUGCAUCAUCUUCUGGAAUAUAUGGUAAUUUUGGACAAGCAAAUUAUAGUGCUGCAAAACUUGGACUACUGGGUCUUUCGAAUACACUAGCAAUUGAAGGUCAAAAAUAUAACAUCCAGUGUAACACUAUUGCACCAACAGCUGAUUCCAGAUUGACCCAGACUGUUCUGCCCCAAGAAUUAUUGGAUGCUUUGAAACCUGAGUUUGUGGCUCCCUUGGUGGUUUGGUUAUGUCACGAAAGUUGCCAAGAGAAUGGCAGUUUAUUUGACGUCGGGGCUGGCUGGAUUGGCAAAUUGCGUUGGGAACGAACAUUGGGUGCUACUGUAAGGCAAAAGGAUCAGCAAAUGACGCCUGAGGCGGUGCGUGAUAAUUGGGAACGAAUUUGUAAUUUUGAGAACGCUACUAAACCCAAAAGCAGUAAAGAAGCAAUUAGCACUCUUUAUGAAGUACUGAACAAAUUAGAUGAGAAACAAGGAGUGUCGAUGAACCCUACUAGUGGCUCAAUACAAACCAGCACUUCAAGCAUCGAUCCAGCUGAAGCUAUAGGUAAAAAAAUUCCCUUGACUGAAUACACCUACACCAAUCUGCAGCCUAUUCUCUAUGCACUGGGAGUUGGCAUGACAACAAAGGAUCCAGAUCACUUGAAAUUUCUUUUUGAAGGAAAUGAAGAGUUCUCCUGUUUGCCUACUUUUGGGGUAAUUCCUGCCCAAGAUGCGAUGAAUGGUGCCCUUGCAUCGAUUCCUGGACUCAACAUUGACUUCACAAAGGUGCUACAUGGUGAACAAUAUUUGAAGAUGCACAAACCACUUCCAACUUCAGGGACACUGAAGUCCAAGGGUACUAUUGCUGAUAUUCUUGAUAAAGGAUCCGGUGCGGUUAUACUUCUAGAUGUUCAUACCUACAAUGAAAAAGACUUGGUCUGCUAUAACCAAUUCUCUAUAUUUGUUGUGGGAGCUGGAGGCUUUGGUGGAAAAAGGACAUCUGAUAAAGUUAAGGUUACUAUGAAUCCUCCCAACAGACCACCAGAUGCCAUUAUGAGUGAUAUAACAAGUGUAGAUCAGGCUGCUCUGUACCGACUGAAUGGAGACUGGAACCCCUUGCAUAUUGAUCCAAAUUUUGCAGCUUUUGGAGGGUUUAAAAAGCCUAUUCUGCAUGGGUUGUGUUCCAUGGGGUUUGCUGCACGGCACGUCUUGAAACAGUAUGCAAAUAACGAUGUGACAAAUUUCAAAGCCAUCAAGGUUCGGUUCGCAAAGCCAGUUAUUCCUGGACAAACACUAGAAACUGAAAUGUGGCGAGAUGGAAACUUCAUCCAUCUUCAGACAAAGGUGAAAGAAACUAAUGAGAUUGUCCUUGCAGGGGCAUAUGUCGUCCUGGGGGAGACUGUAUAUAAACCCAAAACUAAUGGCAUUGGCAUGAGAGAAGAGCUCCAAAGUGACCUUGUGUUUGCAGAAGUCAGUCGCCGCAUUAAAAAUGUUGGCAAGGAGCUGGUGAAAAAGGUGAAUGCAAUCUUCCAGUGGGAUAUCACUAAAGAUGGGAACACUGCUGCACAGUGGACUAUUGACUUGAAGAAUGGUUCUGGAGAACUGUACAAGGGAGCAGCACGGCAUAGGGCUGACACUAUUUUUACACUGUCUGAUGAUGAUUUCGUACAAGUGGUAUCAGGAAAACUUGAUCCUCAAAAGGCUUUCUUUGCAGGCCAGCUGAAAGUUAAAGGGAACAUCAUGCUCAGCCAGAAACUUGAAAUGAUCCUCAAAGAUUAUGCAAAGUUAUGAGAGAAUAACAUAAUCAUGACUUCUGAGCACAUGAAUCAUACUGUUGAAUCACCCAAAAAGCUUUGAAUAAACAUAAAAUUUACAGCUUUUUAGAAAUAGCAAUACUAUAUAAUUUCCUAAAUUUUGUUCAAUGUGUGCCUAACUGUAAAAUAAUCUUAACGGCAAACUACCUUUUUGUUUUUAAUAUGCAAGUUAUUCACUAUAAAUCUCCAUCUUCAUCUCAGUAGCUCGUGAUUUGUCUUGGAAAAAUUCAGUUUAUAAUGUUUAGACCACAAGGAUAUGGGCUGUCUGCUUUUUCUUAAAUGUUUAUGACUGUAAUUGCCAUUUCCUUGUCUUACAUUGGUUGCGUUGUCCACAAUGUCCAGAACAAAGACUGGUCAGUUCUCUGUAUUGCAACCAUUUGGAUCUACAUUCUCUUAAGAACACUGCUACUUUUGAGAAAUGGAAAAAAAUGCUGCUGUCAGCAUGCCUGUUUUCCAUCCUUCCAAUUAACAGAUUUAAUUCUUAUCAACUUUCUCUUUGAAAUUCACAUUGAAAUUCAUGGAAAAAUUUGUAGAUGCUGUAUAAAAUGCAUUUUAAAAAUGGGCCAAAUCUUUGCCCUGCUGGUCUUAACAUGUUAGAAACAGCAGAUUUAAGGUAAGAGCAAUGGGAGGUUGGAUAUUUGCUGACAUGAAUGUACUAAUUGAAAUCUGCUUAUACUAAAUUCCUUUGGAGAUAAAAAGUUUAAAUAAAGAAUAUCAAGAAUG